GAAAACAGUCACUGCCGGGCGCCGGGAGGCACGUUGGCCGGGCUUUGGGCGGGCUUGUCUGGGAGCAAAGAUGUCUAUGGCUAGUGAUUUCUACCUGCGCUAUUAUGUAGGGCACAAAGGCAAGUUUGGACACGAGUUUCUGGAGUUCGAGUUUCGGCCGGACGGAAAGCUUAGAUAUGCCAAUAAUAGUAAUUACAAAAAUGAUGUCAUGAUCAGAAAAGAGGCUUACGUGCACAAGAGUGUAAUGGAAGAACUGAAGAGGAUUAUUGAUGACAGUGAAAUUACAAAAGAAGAUUAUGCCUUAUGGCCUCCCCCUGACAGGGUUGGCCGACAGGAGCUUGAAAUUGUUAUUGGCGAUGAACACAUUUCUUUUACAACAUCAAAAAUAGGUUCUCUUAUUGAUGUAAAUCAGUCAAAGGAUCCUGAAGGCCUUCGUGUAUUUUACUAUUUGGUACAGGAUCUGAAAUGUUUAGUUUUCAGUCUCAUUGGAUUACACUUCAAGAUUAAACCAAUUUAAUUGU